AUGGGGGUGGAGAGGUUGGCGGCACCCAUGGCAUGUUUGGAGGCUACUUCGGCAAAGGAGGUGAACAGCACGUGGGAGGUGGUGAUGCCGACUAGGCGCUGGGUAGAGCGACACCAAUCACAGGCGACGACAAAAAAGAAGGGUCUUUUGGCGACGCCUUGCAAGCGCAGGGACAUUGGCGACAGUGGAUUGGACGACGCCCCUAAGUAG